AUGUUCUUCAUAUACCAAGCGAUUUUGCUUAUUUUCCUCCGAAACAUCGAGGGAAAAAUAACGAAUUUAUCCGAAAAUAUUAACGUUACAUUAUCGAUAAUACAUUUCAAUGAUUUCCACGCCAGAUACGAAGAAACCGAGCCAAAUGGAGGUAUUUGCAGGAAUCACACGACUUGUAUUGGAGGUUACUCCAGACUUUACAGUCUAAUUAAUUCCAUGAAGAGGCUCAAUCCCGAGUCUAUUGUGCUGAAUGCGGGUGAUGUGUUUACGGGGACUUUUUGGUACACUGUAGGGGGUUGGAAUAUCAGCCAAAAAUUCAUGAAUAAAUUGCCUAUAGAUGCAACGGUUUUGGGUAAUCACGAAUUCGACGAUGAUAUAUCCGGAGUAGUUUCUUAUAUAAAAUCCAUCAAACACCCCAUAAUUGUUUCAAACAUAGUAGAUGCUUUAGAGCCUACCAUGCGAGGUAUUUACUCAAAAAGCCACGUUAUAGAGAGGGGUGGCAGAAAAAUUGGAAUUAUAGGUGUGGUAGGAGAGAAUUUCGAUCGCUUAUCGAAAACGGGCCGGUUGAAAUUUUCACCGGAAUCCCCGAGUGUCAACGAAGAAGCUGAUAGGCUGGUAAAGGAGGAAGGAGUUUUUACGAAUAUUGUUCUAUCCCACGCAGGAUAUCCAGUCGAUAAGGAAAUUGCAGCGAAUGCAUCUAAAAGGAUUAGUUUAAUAGUCGGCGGGCAUUCUCAUACUCUUUUAUCGAGCGAAGGAAGCUUCAAAAUUCCCGAUAAAAUCGAAGGACCUUAUCCGACGAUUGUGAAGAGCAAAUUCGGGCGAGAUGUUGCUAUUGUUCAAGCAGGAUCCUUUUGUAGACUCCUGGGAAACAUUUCCAUUACGUUGGAUGGAAACGGGGAGCUGAUUAACUAUUCGGGGAAGCCCAUUCUGCUCGAUCAAAAUGUACCGCAAGAUGAAAAAAUUAACGAGGAAUUGAUUGAAACGAAGAAAUACGUUGAAGAACAAGGUAAUAAUACAAUUGGUUUUACUAAUAUUUUCUUGGAUUCUGAUUGUUAUUACAAAGAGUGCCUGUUAGGAGAUGUAAUUGCCGAUGCAAUGCUUUAUUAUUAUACUGAUAAAUUAGAAGAGAAGAACGACUUUUUGGCAAUAUUGAACUCAGCUGGGAUUCGAAAACCGAUUGAAAAAGGCCGUAUAACUAUUAACGAUUUAUAUACAUCAACACCAUACAGAAAUACAGUAGAUUUGGGGGAAUUGCAAGGAAAACACAUCAAAGAAAUAUUCGAAUCUACAUCAGUAUUUUUCGAUGGUCAUAUUUCCAAACUAUUACAAGUAUCAGGUGUUAAAUUGGUAUACAACAUGACUAGAGCCUUUGGUGAAAGACUUUCAUCUAUAAAAGUUCUUUCUCGAGGUUCUGGUGAAAAAGUGUACAGAGAACUCGAGCUUGAUCGAAUCUAUUACGUGGCCAUGUCGAGUUUUAUCAGAAAAGGAGGCGAUUUCUUCGAUGAGAUUCCCCGGUAUAUUAAAAACGUUCGCAAAGGUCCAGAGGAUGUUCGAGUGUAUGAAGAUUAUCUGAAGAAUAACUCGCCUAUACGAGUAAUCGAACGGGACAGGUUGACGUUUCAGUCUUGA